GACCACAAACAACACAGUUUCCUUCAGUGUCUACUCUGCCUCAUCUUUAAAGUUGUACUUUUACUGCGCAUUAUCCAGUCUGCAUUUCUGCAUUCAGAGUACACCAUGUAUUUCCAACAGCGGUCUCUUGUUUUGCUUCUCACCUUGUUUCAAGCAACAGCUGGCUCAGGUAGUUUUAUCGUAGGAGGCCGGGAAGUCAAAAAACCCAAACCAUGGAUGGUGUCAGUCCAGGUCCACAAUUCGCACAGAUGUGGAGGAACUCUUAUUCAUCAGCAGUGGGUUUUGACAGCUGCACACUGCAAAACUUCUGAACCGAUGACAGUGCUUGUAGGGGUUCAUUCGCUGACAAAGGACAAACAUGCAGAACGAGUCAAAGUCCAGAGCUUUCAUAGCCCUACAACAUUUAAUAUUAAAACUAAAGUGGAUGACAUCAUGCUCAUGAAGCUCCAAAACAAAGUCCACCUUAAGAAGAACAAAGUGGAAGUGGUGAAGAUUCCUAAAUCUGGUAAAGAUGUCCCGGCAGGGACAAAAUGUGAAGUGAGGGGGUGGGGAAGCAUUAAAGAAAAGGGUUCUGCUCCUUCUGACACCCUGCAAGAGGUGGAGGUGACGGUGGUGGACAGGGACCUGUGCAGCUGCUACUACAACAGCAAUCCUGUCAUAACUGUUGACAUGCUGUGUGCAGGAAACAAACUAGGGAAUAAAGAUGCAUGCUUGGGGGAUUCUGGUGGACCACUGGAAUGUAAGAAAAGUAUUGUGGCUUUAGUGUCGGGAGGAAGUGGUUGUGGUAAUCCCAAGAAACCUGGUGUCUACACACUUCUUUCCAAGAGACACAUUUCCUGGAUCAAUAACAUACUUAAAAAGCAAUCCAAUUUCACUGAGGUUUAAAAACAAACUGUUAUUAAUGCUUGUAAACAUAUGGCAUCACAUAAAUUGGCACAUAUUACUUUGUUUAUUUAUACAGUAUAUAUACAGUAUAUACUUAUAUAUGCCUACGUACUUGAUACCAACAACCAAUAGAACUGUUUUUGCUAAAACAUAAGUUUUAUUGGUAAGAAUACAAAAUAAUAAAGAUUAUUAUAUUCAUUUCCAAUUAAAUGUAAUGUCAUCGAAGGUACAGUAUUUAAACAGACAAAGUAUAAAACAGAUAAUAGUCAUUCUCUCACUAGCUGCUUUUUCUUCCUGUUGAAUAAAAAAAAAUCCCGUCAACUUUUUAAGCAAUUACAGAAGACUUGAUACAAAUGAUUACACAUGUUGACAUAGACGUCACUGUGCAUGAGCCGUUUCUAUAGAAACAAAAAAUAAAUAAAUAUGUGAGCUGAACCACUGUCUAAAAAUCUGUUAUUUUCCUAUUGAGUUUAUAAGAUACUUUAGCUCAGUUUGUGAGGCGUAACAGGUUUGUUUGUUGCAAGUUUACACUUUGAUGCAUUCUGACAAUGGGUUCACUAAAAUGUCUGCUUAGACUCAAACACAACAAGCGCACAAACCUCCUGCUGACAGCACAUGGCCAAUUUCAGACACCCACUGAGCAGCUGAGAACAUGAGCAGCCUAAAAAUUCUGAAAGAUUCUUCCACUGGGCUCGAAGUAACACAUGAAAAUGACUCAAAUGCUUAUUUCUUUAAAAAGGAUUUUGUGACAGCUUCGUGGCAGUUUGAAAUGUGUUUGCUUAUGUUUAGUGAACUUAACUUUCUUACAAAAAUGUCACUGUCAGUAAAUGAAUAUAUUGAAAUAUGAAUGUAGUUUGUGUUAAUAAAUGUGAGCAUCAUGU